UCAUGUUAAACAAAGACAGUUUACAAUAUGAGAAAACUAUAAUUGUUUUUUUUCAUAUAACGUGAUGAAUCUCAUUUAAAAAUGAAACUCAUAAUACACUUGUAGGCCCGGCCCACAGAAAAAACCGAAGAAGCAAGGAUUUCCGACCUUCAUAAAUAUAUAUUAGUUUCAGCCAUCAACGUACAAAGUAUCAUUUUAGUUUAGUGGUAUAAAUGAUGGUGUUUAUAUCUCAAUAACCCGGGUUCGAACCAUAUGCUUAACACUUUUUUUACUCUUUUUAAAAGUAAGGCCCACAAAACGCUGACGUGAUGCGCUGAGGAGAGAGCAAAAACUGAAUCAUUAUAAUAUAGAUUGUAUUAGUUGGAAAAGAAUAAAUACUUUGUUUUAGGUUUCAAAAAUCAAAUGUUAAACAAGUAAUGAACUCAUAGCAAAAAUAAAUAAAACACUAAAAUAAUUUAUUUACAACAAAAAAAUAGUGUGCCAAAAGUUUAAAUUGACUAAUAGCAACACAUAUCUCAAACAUAUAUAAAUAAUGUGCCAAAAAAAGAAGAAUUUGACUGAAUAUCAAAAAUUAAUAUUGGGCCAAAAAAACAUUUGACUUUGAACAUACAACUUCAUUCCGGUCAACAUAUAAUUUUGCUUCAUAUUUACAUAUAUGCAAAUAAACUCUUAAUUACAACUGAAGUCAAACCCAGCUUGAUUACUUUCCAAUCAGAUUUUCUAAUAUAUAUAUGUAAUGCUUUAGAAAGCAUGUCUUCAAAAUAUCUCAAGUCUCUCAAGCAAAAAAAAAAAAACCUUAAUUCUGUACUUUAGACGAGACUCCAUUACUCUAAACAUGUCGUAUGGUUCGUGGUUUUUAGACGAGACUCCAUUACCAAAACUAGGCUUUCUCGGACAAGGCAACAAUGGCUAUGUCACCCUGGUUCGAAACGGCGAUGGACUACUCAUGGCUAAAAAAACAUCUUUCCUCAAAUACUCAGAGGAUCUCGAGAAAGAAGUAAGGAUCAUGGAUCGCUUCUUUUCAAUCAAUUUCAACACCGUGAGAGCCACGAGCCCUGCUGUUUCCUACGAAACCAUGCCAUUCAACGUGAAAGUCUGUUCCAUUCACAUGGAAGUCGCACCACAUGGUUCACUCAAAGACAUGCUGACCAAAGCCGGUGGGACAUUACCGGAGAACGUCAUCGGUUAUUGCAUUUUCCAGGUUCUUGAAGGGCUCAGGGAUCUUCACCAACAAGGUUAUGUCCAUUGUGAUCUCAAGCCAGAGAACAUACUCAUCUUCCCGAGCUAUUCUCAGGAAGAUCUUUGCGAGCUCAAACUUGGUGACUUCGGUUCGGCUAAGGAACCCAAUGGACCUGAUCCAGUGAAUGAGUCUUUGUUCAAGGAUAAUCCGGAGUAUUUGGCUCCUGAGGCGGUCGGGCCACGUGGAGUGAUCUCGUCGGCGGUUGAUAUCUGGUCCUUAGGUACCAUGGUGAUGGAAAUGAUGGGGGUUACUAUAAGAGGAAGGAGCGAUUACGUUCCGAGGACUCUAUCGCAAAUGACUUUGGACUUUGUGAGAAGAUGUAGUGAACGGAACCCGGGGGCUAGAGCCACUGCGGAGGAGCUCAUGAGUCAUGAGUUUGUUAGACAAAGUCUUGGGGCUCCACCGCUUGAGCUGCUUCCAGUUCCUUCUUGCUUAAGUAAUGGAGUGGUUCAAGGAAGGCUUUUCUAGAAGAUAUAUGCUGGAAUGUGAUGAAGAGGGCCGUGAGAUUUCUGGUGGAGAUGAGCUGGAAAGGAAUGGUUUUUAUUUUCGUUGGUGUCAAGUUAUUUUUGUUAAAAAAAAAAAAGUUAUUGUCGUUUAAUUUGCAUCUAGCAUUUUGUUUCUUGAGAUAAAAAAAAAAGCAUUUUGUUUCUUAUUAAUAUAAAGUUAAACUAUGUUCUUAUAGCAUUGUGAAUUGUGAUCCGUGUUUUUAUCAAUAUAUUGUUGUGUACUUAUAUUUAUAACAAACAUUCAAGACGUGGACCUUUCAGUACAAACUUGAUGACUAGAACACUUUCUAAACAGUUGGUAAUCCUCACACCUCCGAGGUUUCAACAUAUCUCAUUUUGAAGGGAUUUUGAAGACAUGUCCUAUUGUUUUGCCUUGCCAUUUAUGUCCGUUUUGCAUAUCUUACAUGUUUUGUCCACCCAUCCUUCCUCCACACAUGCAACAUAACAUUUAUAUUAACAACAAUUAAGAAUCAUUUCAAAUAUUCAUACCAAAUAAUACAAUCUUCAAUUUCCCAAAUUAAAUAGUUCUCUAGAGUUUACCUUCAACGUAGGAUUUUAAAAAGUCCUUGUCUCAGUGGAUUAAUGUGGUUAAGUGGGAGUUUAG